AUGAGUUUUUAUAUAUAUCGUGCUCCUGAAGCCUAGAAAGUUUAAUCGUUUCCCAUUACAUUAUUUGAUGGGACUGGAUCUAUGCAUAAAGAGUAUCCUCGCGCUGUAAAUGCAUACAAGAUAGUAUUCAAUGAUUUGGGUAAGAAAAAAUUAGAAUACUAAUGGGCAAAGGAUCUUUAUCCUUUAGAGCCCUUCAAAUAAGCAGGAAGUGGAAAUAUUACAAAUACGCUGACAAACAUGUUUCAAAUGCUUCUAAAUGAGAAAGCUAGAAUUCCAAAAAAUAUUACAUUAGUUUUCAUUAGUGACGGAAAGGAAGAAUUUGAUUUGGAGAAAUUGCUGGUGUUCAUAGAGAGAAUGAGACAGAAAUACUUAAUUUAAUUUAUAAGUGUAGCGGUGGGAGAUUAAUUUCCAAAUUCAAUUAGUAACACGCUUAGAAGCAAGAUACACAAUCAUGAUCCAACUUGUCCACCUUUAUUUUAAAUAACAAGAUCAAAUACAAAGAGCUUCUAGUAGAUUUAAUCAGAAUUCGAACAUAUAUUUUGGGAAAUUCGAAAACGACUACUAGUAAGUGGAGAAAUGAUUUUGAUAAAUCUUCCUGUCUUUUACACAAUCACUUCAAAAUAACCUCAAAAUAGUGUUGUAGCAAACAGUCUCUUCCUAGUUGAGAAAGGUAAAACAGUUACUGUUGGAAAUCAUAAAAUUGAGCCAACACAUGAUGCUUCUGAUAUUUUUCAAAUGAUUGUUAACUCUGUUCAAUAAGCUUUUAUUAGUUAGGCUUAGGUAAAGUUUUAAGAUGCAGAGCAUGAAUUUGGUUAAAUUUAACUGGUAAGUCAAGAAUUUUUAAAAUAAAUAGAUAAAUCUUAAAUACAUAAUUUAUCAGAAGAAUAAAAAGCAGAAGAAAUCAAAGUACACGCAACACUUAAUGUUGCAAAAUAAAUAGCAUAAGGAUAAUUAGAUCUUUAAAAUACUAAAGAAUCUGAUUUAACAUCAUUAUAAGAUUAUUUAGUUAAUAAUGUACAUAAAUUUGCUGAGUUAGCUACGAAAUUAAAAACUACUACUGGAAAAAUUGUAAAAGGUAUCAAAAGUGUCAAGGGAUUUGCAAGUGUAGUUGCAAAUGCUUAACAUUUAAAUGAACUAAAAACAAUUCAAGGUAAAGAGUAAGAAAAUAAUAAAAUUAAAAAUGAAGAUAGCCAAAAAUAGAGUUAAGAAGAUUAAGAAUCUGAUUAAGAUAAAAUGAGUUCAUCUUAGCAAAUAUAAUCUGAUUAAUAGAUAAGUUCUAAUUAAGAUGUAUUAAAAUAAACUAAAGAAUCAACAAAUGAAGUUGAAACAUCGAUUGUACAUUUAGAAUAAAGUCAAGAAAUAGAUAAUACAAAAUAAAAUGAUGAAAUAAAGGACUAAAAUGAAAUGAUAUAAGAUGAUUCUAAAAGUGGUUGGUUUGGACGUAAAAACCUAAAUAUAAAAGAUGAUUAAACACCAGAACAACUAGAAAAUAAUGAUGAGAAUAAAAGUGAUGAUUUAACACAGGAAUAAUAAGAAAAUAAAAAUGAAUAGAAAGUUGAUGAUUAAAUACUGGAAUAAUUAGAAAAUAAUAAUGAAUAAGGAGUUGAUGAUUAAACAUUAGAUUAAUUAGAAAAUAAUAAUGAAUAAGGAAUUGAAGAUAAAAUAUAGGAUUAAUCCGAAAAUCAAGUUGAUGAUUAAACAUAGGAUUAAUUAGGAAAUAAAAAUGAAUAGAAAGUUGAUGAUUAAACAUUAGAUUAAUUAGAAAAUAAUAAUGAAUAAGGAGUUGAAGAUAAAAUAUAGGAUUAAUCCGAAAAUCAAGUUGAUGAUUAAACAUAGGAUUAAUUAGGAAAUAAAAAUGAAUAGAAAGUUGAUGAUUAAACAUUAGAUUAAUUAGAAAAUAAUAAUGAAUAAGGAGUUGAAGAUAAAAUAUAGGAUUAAUCCGAAAAUCAAGUUGAUGAUUAAACAUAGGAUUAAUUAGGAAAUAAAAAUGAAUAGAAAGUUGAUGAUUAAACAUUAGAUUAAUUAGAAAAUAAUAAUGAAUAAGGAGUUGAAGAUAAAAUAUAGGAUUAAUCCGAAAAUCAAGUUGAUGAUUAAACAUAGGAUUAAUUAGGAAAUAAAAAUGAAUAGAAAGUUGAUGAUUAAACAUUAGAUUAAUUAGAAAAUAAUAAUGAAUAAGGAGUUGAAGAUAAAAUAUAGGAUUAAUCCGAAAAUCAAGUUGAUGAUUAAACAUAGGAUUAAUUAGGAAAUAAAAAUGAAUAGAAAGUUGAUGAUUAAACAUUAGAUUAAUUAGAAAAUAAUAAUGAAUAAGGAGUUGAAGAUAAAAUAUAGGAUUAAUCCGAAAAUCAAGUUGAUGAUUAAACAUAGGAUUAAUUAGGAAAUAAAAAUGAAUAAAAAGUUGAUGAUUAAGCAUUAGAUUAAUUUGAAAAUAAUAAUGGAUAAGGAGUUGAUGAUUAAACAUUAGAUUAAUUAGAAAAUAAUAAUGAAUAAGGAGUUGAAGAUAAAAUAUAGGAUUAAUCCGAAAAUCAAGUUGAUGAUUAAACAUAGGAUUAAUUAGGAAAUAAAAAUGAAUAGAAAGUUGAUGAUUAAACAUUAGAUUAAUUAGAAAAUAAUAAUGAAUAAGGAGUUGAAGAUAAAAUAUAGGAUUAAUCCGAAAAUCAAGUUGAUGAUUAAACAUAGGAUUAAUUAGGAAAUAAAAAUGAAUAGAAAGUUGAUGAUUAAACAUUAGAUUAAUUAGAAAAUAAUAAUGAAUAAGGAGUUGAAGAUAAAAUAUAGGAUUAAUCCGAAAAUCAAGUUGAUGAUUAAACAUAGGAUUAAUUAGGAAAUAAAAAUGAAUAGAAAGUUGAUGAUUAAACAUUAGAUUAAUUAGAAAAUAAUAAUGAAUAAGGAGUUGAAGAUAAAAUAUAGGAUUAAUCCGAAAAUCAAGUUGAUGAUUAAACAUAGGAUUAAUUAGGAAAUAAAAAUGAAUAGAAAGUUGAUGAUUAAACAUUAGAUUAAUUAGAAAAUAAUAAUGAAUAAGGAGUUGAAGAUAAAAUAUAGGAUUAAUCCGAAAAUCAAGUUGAUGAUUAAACAUAGGAUUAAUUAGGAAAUAAAAAUGAAUAGAAAGUUGAUGAUUAAACAUUAGAUUAAUUAGAAAAUAAUAAUGAAUAAGGAGUUGAAGAUAAAAUAUAGGAUUAAUCCGAAAAUCAAGUUGAUGAUUAAACAUAGGAUUAAUUAGGAAAUAAAAAUGAAUAAAAAGUUGAUGAUUAAGCAUUAGAUUAAUUUGAAAAUAAUAAUAGAUAAGGAGUUGAUGAUUAAGCAUUAGAUUAAUUAGAAAAUAAUAAUGAAUAAGGAGUUGAAGAUAAAAUAUAGGAUUAAUUCGAAAAUAAAAUUGAUGAUUAAACAUUAGAUUAAUUAGAAGACUUUAAUGAAAAUACACUUGACAAUUAAGCAAGAAAUAAUAAUAUUGAAGAUUUGAAUAAUUUAAAACCAGAGUAAGUUGAUAUUAUUGAUUUAGCAAAUUAAGAAUCAAAUAAUAAACAUUAAGAAAUUCCUAUUCAACUAAAUAACGAUCCAAAUGAUUAGGAAUAAAAUUCAAUAUCUGGAGUUCAAUAAUAACCUUAAAAUAAAUAUAGUGCUUUAGAUUAGUCAGAGAAUUUAGAAUAAGCUGAAAAUAUAUAAUAGGAAAAUCAACCCGAGAACGAAGUUAUUGAAAGUCAAAAAAACGAUGACGGCUUAAAUUACAAAUAGAUAUCUGAUUCUGAGGAACCAGAAAUUAUUUAGUAGAUUUAAAAUAAUCAAAAUAAUUCAAAUAAUUAAUCUGACUUGCUUAAUACAAUAAAUUCAUAUCCAGUUAUUAAUGAAGAAGAAGCUAUUCAAAAAAUGCCGAUAGACAAUGAGGAAUUUAUUAUAUUUAAGUAGCCAAAAAUAGAUGAAUCAUUAUCUCAAUCUUAACACAUUAUUUUAGAUGAACCAGCUGUAUAUGAAAUGAUUGAAUCAAAAGUCUUAAUUUAAAAUUCAUCACAGGAAGAAAUAUAAAAUAAAUAAGAAAAUGAGCAAAAUGAAGAAGUUUAAUAAUAAGAUCAGAAAAAUAUUAAUAUUCCUGAAAAUUUAUAAGAAGUUUAAGAAAAUAUUUAAAAUUAAGAAGAUCAACAAGGAAAUAAUGAAAAUUUUUAAGAAAAGGAAUAAAAUAUUGAAGAUUAAUAUCAAAGCAAUUAACAAAUCAAGGGAAAUAAUGAGAAUUCCAAUUAAGAAAACAAAUCAAUGUAAGAAAACGAAGAAUCAGAAAACUAGUAAUUCAAACAAUAAGUUAACAAAAACUAAAACUAGUAGCAAAUGAAUGAAGAAAUAUUACAAGAAAUUGAAGACAAUUAGUUAAAAUUAACUCAAAAAAAUUAAAAAGAAGACUACCCAUAAGUUGAAGGAGUGGAAAAUUUUGAUUUAGAGCUGAGAGGAUAAAAUACUACAGAUUAAGAAAAUAAACCUUAAGCUUAAGAAUAGACUCAAGCUUUAAAUUAGUAGAAUAUAAGUUCUAAGAAAAAUUAUUUAUGGUGGCUGCUUUUAGCUCUAGUAGUUGGAUACACAGUAAGAAGAUUUAAAAAAAAAUGAG